AUGGAAGUGCCACGUGUGCUUAACGUCCUUAAUCUGGAAGCAUCUGGAUUCUCUCACCGCGAACUACUUCAUAUUUCAUGUAAAUGUAAGCCUCACCUCAUUGCGUCACCGUCACGGAACCGUUUAGCCUCCACGCGGGUCAUCUUCGUGGCCUCGCUCUGUUUCCUUGCAAGCUUGGAAUUGGAAGCCAAAGCCGUCGACCCCUACAAGGUUGUUCUUGGGGUUGAUAAAAAUGCAAGUCAGCGGGAAAUUCAGAAGGCUUUCCACAAGCUCUCUCUCCAGUAUCACCCUGACAAGAACAAAUCCAAGAGUGCACAAGAGAAGUUUGCUCAGAUUAACAAUGCAUAUGACAUUUUAUCCGAUGAAGAGAAGAGAAAGAAUUAUGACAUGUAUGGAGAUGAAAAAGGCAAUCCUGGAUUUCAAGGUGGUCAUCCUGGAGGUCAGGGUGGAUAUACUUAUUUUACAGGGGGUGGUCCUGGGCAAAGCCAUUUUAACUUUAAACCAGGGGAGGACUGGCAGGGUAUGGGUGGGCAAGGAGGAUCUAAGUCUUUCUCCUUUUCCUUUGGUGGCUCGGGUGCUUCAAAUCCUUUUGGAUUUGGCUUGGAUGAUAUAUUUGGCAGUGUUUUUGGUGGUGGUGGGAAACAGUUUGGUGGUUUUGGCAGUUCAUUUAAUACUGAAUCUGCGUCCACAAGUUCUCCCAAAAGUCUUAGAGCUAUAAAUUCACAUAUCUACAAGAAAGAGAUAGAUAAUGGAGGGAUGACUUGGCUUCUGUUAUCCUAUAUACCUUCACUCUCAUCGAAGCAUAUCCAACACUUUGAAUCCACUAUAGCGGAGGUUGCCAGUUCAUUGCAGGGAGCUUUGAAGGUUGGAAGCAUUAACUGUGAUAAGGAAGUCUCAUUCUGUAAAGAGCUUGGCAUAUAUCCACGCAAAGCUCCAAGGCUUUUUGUUUUUUCUUACAAGGAUAAUGAAAUAGGUUCUUUUGUGGAGUACAGUGGAUACUUGGCUGCUAAGAAUUUGAAGGCUUUCUGUCAAGAACACUUGCCAAGGUUUUCAAAGCGAAUUGACUUGAAUCGUCUUGAUCAAUUCAGCACUACCGGAAAGUUGCCUAGGGUGCUGCUUCUCUCCACCAAGAAGGACACUCCAGUCAUCUGGCGUGUUCUUAGUGGCCUGUAUCACAAACGCAUUACUCUCAGUGAUGCAGAGGUGCACGAUGUUUCUGAUCCAAGAGUAAAAAAUCUAGGAGUUGAUGCACUUCCAGCCAUUGUAGGUUGGCUACCUAAUGGAGAAAAACGUGUUCUGAAAACUGGGAUUUCUGUUAAAGAUUUAAAAUCUGCAGUUCUUGAUCUGAGUAACAUACUUGAUAAUUUUGAAGAAAUUAGUAAAAAGGAAGCAUCAGGUCAGGCAAAGAAGUCACAAACUAAUCAAGACGAGGGACGCAUACCAUUACUUUCCCAAUCAAACUUUGAGGCUCUCUGUGGUGAGAAAGCUCCUGUCUGCAUAAUUGGUGCAUUCAGAUCUUCUAAUGCCAGAGAAAAGCUAGAAUCAAUCCUCUCUUUGGUCUCUCAAAAAUCUUUGUCAAGACGACCAAAUGAUGGAAGCAGCAGCUGUAGGGACUCCAUUUCUUAUGCUCUCCUAGAUGCGUCAAAGCAACAGUCAUUUCUAAAAGCAUUUGACAAAAAGGGUUAUAAAUCAUCAAAUAAGUUGUUGAUUGCUUAUAAACCUCGUAGAGGAAAGUACAGUUUAUUUAUGGGUGAAAUGACAAUAGAGGAAGUAGAGAAUUUUAUUGCCUCGGUUCUCAGUGGAGAUAUAGCCUUCAGGGAAACACGUGGGAAGCCGGCACUAGAGCAUUAG